CAUCAAAUCCUACACCAUCAUGACUAUCAACACUUCAAAACCUUUAUUUCAAUCGAUUCCAGUCAAGAAUAGAUCACCUAAAUCAAAAUCUAUCAUCAGAUUAAUCAACUUUAACGUUUUAUUUUUCAUUUCACUCUUAUUAUUACAUUCAACUCAACUUAUUUUCUUUCCUUUGAUUUUCUUUAAAUCGGGGUUUAAUGGGUUUUUUUGGAAAUUAAAUUCCUUUGCUAAACAAGUCUUUGGAAUCGUUUUAGUAGUGGCUACUCAAAUCUUUGGUCCUACUAAACUUGUUAUUACGGUUGAUGAUGGUAUAGAUUUAAGACAAAUGGUAAAACGUGAUAAGUCUGGAAGAGUGAUCUCUCUUGACUUACCUAAACGAUCUGUGACAAUGGCAAAUCAUCAAAUUUAUGCUGAUUGGUUAUACAUCUGGUGUCUAGCAUACCUUGCCGAGAUCCACGGUUCAAUCAUCAUAAUCCUCAAAGCCUCACUAAAAUGGGUUCCAAUCAUCGGACCCGCCAUGCAACUCUUUUCGUUUAUCUUUUUAAACCGAUCAUGGGCAUCAGAUAAAUCAAGUUUAAUCGAACAUUUAACCACUAUGGCCAAGCAAACCUCAUCAACUUCAAAACUUAAACCGAACCAAGCAUUCGAAAGUUUAACCCUCUUGAUCUUUCCAGAAGGAACUUUAGUGAGUCCAUUAACCCGACCGAUCAGUCAAAAAUAUGCCGAAAAAACUGGAUUUACAGAUUUAAAACAUUGUUUAUUGCCACGUUCGACGGGUACAUUGUUUUGUAUUAGAGCAUUAAGUCGAAGUAUUCCUGAUUUACAACUGAUUGAUCUAACAAUCGGAUAUCCAGGCAUACCAGCAUACGGGAAUGGACAAGAUUUUUAUACAUUACAAUCGAUCUUUGGUUAUGGACAUUCACCACCACAAGUUCAUAUUCACUUAAGAUUAAUUCCAAUCAGUUCAAUUCCAAUUGGCACAUCCCAUCUAAACCCAUCAUCAACUUCUUCAUCAUCAUCUACACCAGCUACCGAAAUCAUAGAUCCAAGUCCAUCAGAAACGAUUGAGUUUGAUAAAUGGUUAAGAGAACAAUGGAGAAUGAAAGACGAGAUGUUAGAAAGGUUUUACAAGACAGGAGAGAUGUGUGAAGGUUCUAAAGAAGAAGAAAAAGAAGACAAGAAUGAGAUGGAAGACUUGGUGAUGACAAGAAAGGUGAUCACAAAGGUUAGGUUAAGAGGAAAUUAUGAUUGGUUGAUCUUACUGGGACUUUAUGGGCCUGGAAUCUUGUUGGUUUGGAUUGGUUCGAUUUGGUUUAUGAUUGCUUUUAAAAGGAUUUUUUAAACCUUGAAGGAAUGUGAAGGAAGUAAGUGAGGUUUUGGUUUUAGUGAAAGAUUAUAGGAUUAUUUAAGGUUUAGAAAAGAGAAUCAAGAAAAAUUAUUGUUGAAGAGAUGCAUGAUAUAUAUAUGAUUGGAGUUUUUCUUUUUCAUCUUUGGUUUAGGUUUUUGUACAUGUAAAUCAUGGUUUUUUUUCUUAUAUUGUGUUGUUUUUACAAUAUGAAAAGGAUUGUUGUACAUUAUAUAUAUAGGUAUAUAUGUAAAUGUCAAGAAGUUUCGCAUAGUAUAAAUGAACCAAGGUUGUUUUUGUUUUUUGUUUUUGUUUUUUAUUUUUUUUAUUUUAUUUUAUUUUAUUUUAUUUAUUUAUUUUAUUUAUUUUAUUUUUUACUUUUUUGAUUUAUUUUGAUUUUUUGAUUUUUCUGAUUGAAAGAAGAUUAAAUUACAUAGUUGAACUUGUAUUAUUAAUUUUUCAUUUUUUUUCUUUUGAAACAAAUGCAUGUUGUUUUUGAUACAAGAUUUUCAUAUUUUU